AUGCUGCCAAGGUCAACCCAUGAAGCGGGUAUUAUCGUAGUUACUGAACGUCUGGAAAAUCUAAACAUUACUAGACAAUGGUCAAUAAAUCGCGAAAAAGUGUUUAAAGCUUUAUAUUGGCUAAUAAAAAAUAAUCCACUAUACAAAUGCGUUCAAGUUAAUCACAAUGUAGAGCUUAACGAGGAAGACUUGAUAAGAAUAACCCAAACAACAAAAAAUAUAGGAGUUAAUCAGCCGCAGGAAAAAGCAUACAAAUAUAUAAAUGAAUUAUCAAGAAUUUUAAGAGCAUCUUGGCAUCAAAAUAGUUCUGAAAUAUUUAAAUCUGACCAUGCCCGGGGUUCAGUGUUGUGCUAUAGCGCUUUCAAAUAUUAUUAG